UACGUGUAGAUCGAACCGGCUGCAGAUUGCGUUAACGGUAGCUUGACUUCGAUUUCUGCUGUGUACUUAUUUCGUCGUGAUAUACCAGUGUGCCUUUAAUAACUGAUGUUUAGGUUCUUAUAACGAUAAAUUUGAAAUUGAUCUUUCAAUUAAUCUGUGCACCUCUGACAUUAAGAGAUAAGCCUUGCUAGGCGUUAGUCACUUCAGGAUUGUGAUAAUAUUCGUUUCCGAUUUUUGAAGAAAUCAGCAUUCACUUUCAGCUCUAGUACCCUUGUAGUCUGAUAUAGCUUCCAUCUCAUGGUUGUUCUUACGGCCAGCGAGAGGGAGCAGAAUGUUGAGGAACAAAUUAACGAAACUGAGCUUCUUGUAUCCAUGUUCGACAGCUCUGUGGCCAUCGAAGACAACAGCGUUGUAACAAUAAACAUUAAGAGCGAUCAUUUUCUUCUCGUCCUCAGGUGUCUAUAUCACGAACUCUAUCCGAGCCACGAACCUCCCAUUUUCGCCAUUAUCGACAUGACCAACACUUCUCAUGCCUCUUAUGUGAUUGAUGAUAUUUUGUUAGAGUCAGAGUGCAACAAGCUGUUUGCACCAGGAGAAUGUGUCGUUUAUCAAUGGGUUGUUUACAUAACUGAGUACAUCGAGGCUCUCGAUGGCUUUGUUUCAAGAAAUGCUGUGAGUCCAGAAUUUUCUCCUGGAGACAAUGAUAAGGUAAUUGCAGAUAUGGAAAACUUGCAGAUUCUGGAGGACAAAUUUAAUGCCGAGGAAGUUAAGUUCACCGGCAUCAGUCCUGAGGAAAGUUAUCCACAACCAUCAAAAUCAUAUCCAAUCCCCGAAAUUUACACUGGAACAAUUCUUACAGAACGAAAAAGUCAUUUUCAAGCCCAUGUUUGCCAAGUUUUUAGUAAGAGUGAUAUCGAAAACACCAUGAGAACACUCCUAAUGAAUCCCAAAAUAGCCGGUGCAUCUCACAACAUCAUGGCGUUUCGCUAUGUAAGUGAAUCAGGAACCCUUGCCCAAGACUAUGAUGAUGACGGGGAGACGAAAGCUGGUGGAAGACUUCUUGAACUGAUCGAUCUGAUGAAUGUGGAGAACUUGAUGGUUGUGGUUACCAGAUGGUAUGGUGGUGUGAUGUUGGGUCCCUCUAGGUUCAAGUGUAUUAAUAACAUUGCCAAGAUCACUAUUCAGGACUCUGGAUAUUAUUAUACUGGUGAUGUAAGUAAAAAGAAGAAAAAGAAGAAAUAGAAGAAAUAAGUUCAAUUGUCGGUAAUGAAGUUGAGGGUAUUAUAGCUUUUGCAUGAUCUGAUUUUUAACUUGGUAUUUAAAUACAUGCUAACACGAUUUUUAGUCUUUGAAUCAAAUUUGUGCACUUUUUGUCUUCAAGUGCAAUUUUUAAGUUAAAAUUUAGAUUUAAUUUUGUAUCAUAAUAAUCUUGAUGAAUCUAGAUUCUAGAAACUAUUGAUAUUUUGAUGGAAUUUUAAGACGGUGAUUCAAUUUGCAUUAUCAGUUCACCCCAGCUUAGGAAAAUCAUUUCAUGAAAUUUACAUCUCAACCAAUUACUCAAAAUGGCAAGUCUUGUCUGGUGUUGUCAUGCAGGUUUGACUAUUUAUUUGUAAAAUAGUGAACAGUUCAACAUAUAUUUUAAAUGGUUAAUUAUGCGAACCUGCACUUUGCAUCCACUGCAACAAAAUGGUGACUGUUUAUUAGUUAAGUGGUGAACACUAAACAUAAUUUCGUUUCAGGAUGUAGUUUGUGCUGAAUUCUCAAAACGAUGGGGGAAGUGGUUGACACCCUUCAACAGCAUCUCGAAGAAGAGCUUCGCAGUCCUGGUAAACCAAUCUCCAGCAAUUUCAACGAUAUUUUACUCAAUCUAAAGCUACACAACAAUCAGAGUGACCUGAUCACAACUCUAGCUGGGAACAGAGAGGUUUUGAAGCUGCUGAUAGAAGGUCUUGACACUAAAGUUUCUCUUAUUAGAGCACUUUGUCCUGUGUUAUACUCCUGGGUUACACUCAAUACCGACCAGUCUAUAGCCUUGGUAUGUGAGUUCAUUCCAUCUCUCAUUUGGAGCUAUUUGUCCACAGUCGGCACUGAUGAGCCUGAAGAAGCAGAAUCUAUUCUCACAAACCUCGCAAACAUUUUGUCCCACAAAAGUGGCUUCAGUUUUCGUCUACCUUCAAUCCACAUGAUCUCAGUUUACCAUCACCCAGCUAAAAUGCAAUACACGGGUGGGCUGACUGAGGCUAGUUUAUCGAAAGGUUUCAAUAUGGAACCAGUUUUUAGUGACGCAACACCAGAACGUUACUCCAGCAUCACCUCUUCAAACAGACUCUCGUUACUUACCCUGCUGCUGGAGAAGUAUAAUCAGAGUAUGGGGGACAUGUCACCCGGUAGUUUAGAUCGGUACUGUUGGCUGUGUAUAUGGGUGUGUGGCAGUGGUAUGCCCAGUUCAGCUGUUCCCAUCAGCGAUAUGAAGUGUUGGGCCUUUUGUCAAACUAGAUUUACCUUGAACAAGAAUUUCAUGACUGCUCUGGCAUCAGGGCUGCAGUAUUGCGUGUAUAAUGGACAUUUUGUUGUUGCUAAAGAUGCCCUUGAUACAGUCGCAAUAAGAGCACAAUACGACGUGUGUGCAGAAGUCAUGAUGCUAACGGCAUCUCUCCUUGACAGCAUCAAGAUCUCAUCUGUGACACCUGCCUCCAAACCGUUUGGCAUUGCCAUCCCACAACUAUCAGGAACUCAAGACGAUACUAGGCCGGUUAGAAGGUCUAUAAUUAGACACGAGGACGUACAGACACUGAAAAAGAGGAUAUCAUCCAAUGAGAUUCGUGAGGAUAGUGAGAAUGAGGGACCCUCUCCUGCGUCCGUUAUAGUGGACUGUGCUGAUUCUGACGAUUCUGAUAUUCAUAUUGCGGGUUUCAGGGGUGGCAGAUUGCAGAACACCUCCGUUUGAGGAAUGCCGUGUUUUCACAUGGGAUGUUAUUGAGUUGUGAAUAUAUUUUUGAAAUUAGCAAGUUUUGACCCCAAAAACAAGCAGAGAUUGGGGUUUGGGCGAAUAGGUUAAUAUUGAGAACUGGUACAGCUGAAGAAAACUAAAAGUCUACAGAAAUUUCAAAUCAAAAUUUGCUUUAAUAUAACUUUUUUCAGCAGAUUUUUAACUAAGCUGCUGAGUCUAAUACGCGAAUAGGAAAAAGUGUUACUUUUUGCCUCACCUUAAUUAUUAGAACACAAGUUCUUUUAUUUGGACACUGUUUCUGGUUUAUUUACGUUUUCUGGUCAGCAUAGUGCAACUUUACUGUUUUAUUGUAAUGUAGCAUAAUUUUAGAUGCUAUGGUACCGCUGUGUAUGGAAGCUAUAUUUUCUGAUUAUUAAUUAAUGUUUGAUCUUUGUUGAGUUAUAAUUAUGAUAAUGUAUAAUUUGGUUUGCUUACUUUCGAAUUUCAA